AGGAAGAGUCUUGGCCGUGGGGAAGCCCCUUCCUCAUCCAAGCUUCACACAUUUGACCCUGGCUCUCCCCCAGGAGGACCCCUCGCUGGAGAGGCAUUUUAAGGGUCACCGAGAUGCAGUUACCUGUGUGGACUUCAGCCUCAACAUGAAGCAGCUUGCCAGUGGCUCUAUGGACUCAUGCCUCAUGGUCUGGCAUAUGAAGCCCCAGUCACGUGCCUACCGCUUUGCGGGCCACAAAGACGCUGUCACCUGUGUGAACUUCUCCCCUUCGGGACACCUGCUUGCCUCAGGCUCCCGAGACAAGACUGUCCGCAUCUGGAUACCCAACGUCAAAGGUGAGUCAACCGUGUUCCGUGCACACACGGCCACAGUGAGAAGCGUCCAUUUCUGCAGUGAUGGCCAGUCCCUCGUGACAGCAUCUGAUGACAAGACAGUCAAGGUGUGGGCCACUCAUCGCCAGAAAUUCCUGUUUUCCCUGAGCCAGCACAUCAACUGGGUCCGCUGUGCCAAGUUCUCCCCUGACGGGCGGCUCAUCGUGUCUGCCAGCGAUGACAAGACUGUCAAACUGUGGGACAAAGCCAGCCGGGAGUGUGUCCACUCAUACUGCGAGCAUGGCGGCUUUGUCACUUACGUGGACUUCCACCCCAGCGGCACGUGCAUUGCUGCCGCGGGCAUGGACAACACAGUGAAGGUGUGGGACGUGCGGACACACCGGCUCCUGCAGCAUUAUCAGUUGCACAGUGCAGCGGUGAAUGCCCUCUCCUUCCACCCGUCUGGAAACUACCUCAUCACGGCCUCCAGUGACUCCACCUUGAAGAUCCUGGACCUCAUGGAGGGCCGGCUGCUCUACACGCUCCACGGGCAUCAGGACCCCUUUCCUGCCGACAGCUUGUCGGUCAUCGCCAGCACUGACUGGAAGGUGCUGCCCAGCAUCCCUCUUGUCUGUGUGCUGCCGCUCCUGUCAGCCCCACUACCCGAGGCCCUCAUACUGGGGCUCUUGCUGUUCCCUGUGCUG